AAAGCUGGAUAAUGACACUGCACUUGUACUGUCCUGUCCGUCCUAAACACAGCAGGGACUAGAUUCCUCCUCAGACCGGCUGCAGAAAGGUUUGCAGAGAACAGAUUGUUCACCAUGGUAUGGUCAUAUUUGAUCCUUAUGGCAGUACUGAUGAAGACCUGUGUUAUUUCACUGCCAACUGCACUGUGCCCCGAAAGAUGUACUUGCCUUCCUCUUCAGCGCCAUGUCCUGUGCUCCAAUGCCAACUUCACAUCCAUACCAUCUGAAAUACAGAACACCACAACAGAGCUUCACCUGCAAGACAACAACUUCUCGCUGCUCCAGUCGAGUUUUUUGAAGAAUCUGCCAGAUCUCAGAGCCCUCUACCUGAGCAAUUGUAACGUUGAAGACAUCCAGCCAGGUGCAUUCCAAGAAGUAACAGGCAUAGAACACCUGUACUUGGACAGCAAUGAGUUACACCGGAUUCAGGAGGGUACAUUUAGUAAUCUGAGCAAUUUGCUGUAUCUACAUCUGGAGAAAAACAAAAUUGAUUAUCUGCAUCCAGGUAUAUUUUCAGCUCUGAAUAAAUUGACUGCACUGUAUUUGAAUUUCAACUCAUUGACUGAACUAACUGACGGUUCCUUGAAAGGCUUGACCCAGCUACGCUGGCUUGAUUUAGGGUUCAAUGCACUCUCUAACAUAUCUCGGAAGGCCUUUGAGGAUGUGCCAUAUAUCCGCAAUCUGAAUUUGGAGAUGAACAAUCUGACCAGGGUUUCUUCCGCCAUUCGCAUCACAAGUAACCUUCAGAAGCUGCGAUUGAGUGGGAACAGAAUCAGAAAAUUGACAUCUAUUUCCUUGAAGUCUGUCAAAGAAUUGUAUCUGGACAACAUGGGACUGGAAAAAGCGUCAUCUUUAGCGUUCUCCAGAAUCCGCAUGCUUGAAGUGCUUGACUUGAGGAACAAUAGCUUGACGUCUCUCCCUGUGUCUCGAAUUAAGAGCAACACAAAGAUCUAUCUUAGUGGAAACCCUUGGAGAUGUGACUGCUCCAUCGUUGCUCUCUACGUCCGAUUAUUGUUGGGAGACAAGAAUAACCCACAGCAGCAAGUGCAGUGCCAAAGCCCCAAGGCUCUGGAGGGCAGAAGUCUAACUACAUUAAACAUAUUACACCUCAACUGCAAGUCGUUAACUGAAGAUUCCACAACGGCUACUCCAGGAAACUAUACUGAAGGCAAAUUGGUGAAUUCACCCCCCUCCGUGGCCGUUACCACUAGAGCACUUGUAACACCUUACAAAAUAUUCACACCAGCAACAUCGGUUUCUACUACAGUGAUAAAUAAGGUGGAUGAAGAUCCAUGUCUCGCAGAUUACAUAUCUAACGUUCUGGUGAAAUCGAUGGGUGAGGAGUCACUUCAGGUUUCUUGGUCGGUCUCCAGAACUUACAAAUCCUUUCAGAUUGUUUACUCUGCAGAUGAAGACAGAGGUACACUGCACAUUUUAGGGGAACCAAUGCAUGCCCAACUUUACCAUCUACAUCCUGGUACCAUCUACACAGUUUGCAUUGUGCCCCAAAAUAUAGACAUUGCGAAAUGCCAAAAGCCAAAACCCGGGCAGUGUGCAAAUGGUCAAACAGAUGACGUUCCAGAGCAGACCUAUCAUGUAAAUUCUCCACCCAGUACCAACAGCUCCCCCUUUGUGAUUAUUGGGUCCUUUAUGGCUGUCGUGGUGCUGGUGGCAGCUGUUUGCUUCAUUCUAUAUACUAGGCGCACCAAUAACUUUCAGUUCCAACGUUAUCAUGAUGAAGAUGGAAUAGAUGGCGGAAGGAAGCAGGAAACUGAUCCAGACAAAUGGGAUGAUGUGUAUGAGAAUGUUGAUGAAGACCGACAUAUUUAUGUCACUGCAUCCAGCUUAUGGGGAAUGGAUAAUGAAAAACUUGAUUGUAGCUUAGCCGACUCCGUACCCUUACCUUCAUGUCCAAAGUAUGUUACUCUCUGAUUCUCGCUAACAUUGUACCGAGAAUACUAAAACAGUCAGUGCAAAUUUAGGUUACACUUUGGGGAUCAUGAACCAAAUAAAUUACAUACAAUGAACUGAAACAGAAAGCAAAACUGGACCUGUCCAGAAGAGCUUACGAUCUAAAAGGUGUAAGGGUCACUUGAUACAUAAAUAGCAGUGUAAAAGAUGCAAUUGCUGAUGGGGAAUGUGUAGCAUUAUCAGCCGCCAGUAAUAAAGCAGUCAUUAGUGAGUGUUGUUUCUGUGCAGCUACCAGUAGAGUCUAACCUCUGCAAUAAAGGCGGACAGUGGAAGACGGAAACACAUAAAACAUCAACGAGUCACUUUAGUAUUCUUGAGACGCAUAGCUGUCCCUCGCCAUUUGCCUUAACUGUGCGUCCUUCCACUGCUGGUUUUACAGGAGGCUGUUGUUCUGUAUGAGCACUCUUGUGAUUACCAUCAACUUUGGAGUGCCUUUGAAUCUGAUGUUUUCCUAUUGUGUCAUGUUUGCUGCUGGAAAAACCUAACAAGGAAAAAGGAAAGCAAAAACAGUGACCGUUUACAGUAUUAGGGGGAGAUUCAAAUAUUUGCAAAGUCAGUUGGGAAUUUGUUUUUUCCUCUCUAAUAGACAGGAAAAAACAGACACCCAACCAACUUUUCAAACAUUUGAAUCCCCCCCUUAGACUUUCUCAUAGAAACAAAGAUUAGGGAAUUAGCAGUUAAAUACACACAUUCACAAACAUUACUCCCCUGCUUCACCUAGUAGUAGGCAACCUAAGGUUACUUGUGUGUCCUAAUGCCUUCUGCGUGUUAUCUGCAGCAGGAAGAUUCUGCUCGCACCCUAUGGAGAGUAAUGUGAGUGUGUUUAAUUGAAUCCAUCCAUUAUGCCUGUAAAAUAUAUCACCUGCAAAACACAUGCAAAAUAUUUUUCAUUCCAUUUUCACUACUCCAGAAAUAAAGAUUUGAAAUAAA